GGGGGCUGACGCUAUUCGGUGCCUUUCUUACUUCUUGAAAUUUCCCGCCUUUCAACGUCUGUGAAAUAUAGUCUGUACUGUCGCUCUGACUAGUCCGUGACUACCCUUGCGUUCAACAGGCCAUUCAACAAGAUUGCAUCGGAAAGGCCACGAUCGCCUUGGGCAUUUCCUCUUUCUCCCCUAGUGUUUCUCCUCUUUGCUGCAAUUUUACGCAUCUUCUCCGGUUAGCGGCUCCCGACUAAGUAUGCGGUCGGCUGCUUAGAUCAGACCACGACUUCUCUUCCCUUUCCCUCCUCCGCUUUCCCUUCGGCUCUUUGGGGUCUCUUCCUGUACCUUUUUUACUCCCUUUUCUUUCUUUUCUUCUUUCUUCUUUUCUUGUUCUUUUCUUCUUUUCUUCUUGUUCUUCCCCCCUCUUUUUUUUUUUUUCCCCCUUGAAUCGGGAUUGAUUUACUUUCCCACGCGGAUUCCGGUCCUCCCAACGUUUAUCGACCGGUGGAAUCAGGGGGUUCUUAUCUCUUGUCCGCGUCGGCUGACGGUGUCUUUCCAUUCUUGACCCCCUCUUCAAUCUCCGCUCUUUGGACACAAACAAAGAUCCGCGAUCAUGGCGCAACUCGACACCCUCGACAUGGUCGUCUUGGUCGUCCUCCUCGUGGGCUCCGUCGCUUAUUUCAGCAAAGGAGUCUAUUGGGGGGUCCCCAAGGACCCUUAUGCGACCUCCGGCGCUGCGAUGAAUGGUGCCGCCGCCGGCGGAAAAUCACGCGACAUCAUCGAAAAGAUGGACGAAACGGGAAAAAACUGUGUGAUCUUUUACGGUUCGCAGACUGGAACGGCGGAAGACUACGCCUCCAGACUCGCCAAGGAAGGUUCGCAGCGAUUCGGCCUUAAGACCAUGGUGGCCGAUUUGGAAGACUAUGACUACGAAAACCUGGACAAGUUCCCCGAGGAUAAGGUUGCUUUCUUCGUUCUCGCCACCUAUGGUGAGGGAGAGCCGACCGACAAUGCGGUGGAAUUUUAUCAGUUCUUUACCGGUGAAGACGUCGCGUUCGAGAGUGGCGCCGCCGCCGAGGAGAAGCCUCUGUCCUCCCUCAACUUUGUCACUUUCGGUCUCGGUAACAACACCUACGAGCAUUACAACGCGAUGGUCCGUCAGGUGGAUACGGCUCUUCGGAAUCUCGGCGCCAACCGUAUUGGAACUGCGGGUGAAGGCGACGACGGCGCCGGCACAAUGGAAGAAGACUUCUUGGCCUGGAAGGAGCCCAUGUGGACCGCGCUCUCCGAGGCGAUGAACCUGCAGGAGCGCGAGGCCGUCUACGAGCCCGUGUUCAACGUCGAGGAAGAUGAGUCUCUGAGCCCCGAAGAUGACACCGUCUACCUCGGCGAGCCCACCCAGGGCCACCUUCAAGGCAACGCCAACGGUCCCUUCUCCGCCCACAACCCGUUCAUCGCCCCCAUCGUUGAGUCUACCGAGCUCUUCAACGUCAAGGAUCGUAACUGUCUGCACAUGGAAAUUAGCAUCGCCGGAAGCAACCUCACCUACCAGACUGGUGACCACAUCGCGAUUUGGCCCACCAACGCCGGCGCCGAGGUCGACCGAUUCCUGCAGGUCUUUGGUCUCGAAGGCAAGCGUCAUACCGUUGUGAACCUCAAGGGUCUCGAUGUGACCGCCAAGGUUCCCAUUCCCACGCCCACCACCUACGAUGCCGCCGUCCGCUACUACCUCGAAGUCUGUGCCCCUGUGUCUCGUCAAUUCGUGUCGACUCUCGCCGCGUUUGCCCCCGAUGAGGAGAGCAAGGCCGAGAUUGUGCGCCUGGGUAGCGACAAGGACUACUUCCACGAAAAGAUCACCAACCGGUGCUUCAACAUCGCGCAGGCUCUUCAGACCAUCACUCCCAAGCCGUUCACUGCCGUUCCGUUCUCCCUCGUCAUCGAAGGCCUCACCAAGCUGCAACCCCGUUACUACUCCAUCUCGUCCUCGUCUCUCGUGCAAAAGGAUAAGAUCAGCAUUACCGCUGUUGUCGAGUCGGUCCGCUUGCCUGGUGAAUCGCACAUCGUCAAGGGUGUGACCACCAACUACCUGUUUGCUCUGAAGCAGAAGCAGAACGGCGAUCCUUCCCCCGACACCCAUGGAUUGACCUACUCGAUCACUGGCCCCCGCAACAAGUACGAUGGUAUCCACGUCCCCGUCCACGUCCGUCACUCGAACUUCAAGCUGCCCUCCGACCCGUCGAAACCGAUCAUCAUGGUUGGUCCUGGCACCGGUGUCGCGCCCUUCCGUGGUUUCAUCCAGGAGCGCGCUGCCUUGGCCGCCAAGGGCGAAAAGGUUGGCACGACUCUGCUGUUCUUCGGGUGCCGCAAGAGCGACGAGGACUUCCUCUACCAGGACGAAUUCAAGACCUACCAAGAGCAACUCGGCGACUCGCUGAAGAUUAUCACCGCCUUCUCGCGUGAGUCAUCCCAGAAGGUGUACGUCCAGCACCGACUGCGCGAAAACUCCGAGCUCGUCAGCGACCUCCUGAAGCAAAAGGCCACGUUCUACGUCUGCGGCGACGCCGCCAACAUGGCCCGCGAAGUGAACCUGGUUCUCGGCCAGAUCAUCGCGAAGCAGCGCGGUCUCCCCGCCGAAAAGGGCGAGGAGAUGGUCAAGCACAUGCGGAGCAGCGGCAGCUACCAAGAAGACGUCUGGUCGUGAUACCACCUAUUUCAUUUCUUGGUCCCACUUCCUAACAUUAUUGUGCCACGACUUCCUUCUUUUUUUUUCACGUUUAGAUGAUGCUCGCAUAUAUACUCCGCCAAACAAUUUUUUUCUCCACGUUUUGAGCUCCAUGGCGUGAUUCUUGUAUGAUUGUGAAGUUUUUUUGACCUUUCGCACAGUCGAUUUACCCGAUGGAAAGAAUAGGAUAGAAAAGAGGUCAAUUGGCCAAGGGCUUUUUUGGAGAGAUUUGUGUGGAAUUAUCAUGCCCUGCUGGUUUGGUAGGGAGUUAUACAUAUUUAAUUGAAAUAUUUCAAUACUCAUCACUCCCUUUCUUUCAUUUCUUAAUUCUAGUUGGUUGUGUAUAAGCGUGGUAGGCGUUUCAACCCCGCGCUGUUCG